AUGUCUCGCUACCCGAAUACGUUAGGCCCCGCCACGACACUGACCAAGGCGCAGAAGAGUAGAGCAAGGAGAGAGCCGUCAGGCGUAUUCUCUUUGUUCCAAGGGCCACAGAUCCAGCAGUUCAAGGAGGCAUUUCAGUUGAUUGAUCACGACAAGGAUGGAUGGGUAGGCGAGAACGAUUUGAGGGAGAUUUUUGGGAGUCUGGGAAUCCAACCGUCGUCAGAGAUGAUGCAAGAGCUACUACUGUCGCGACCAGGAGAGACGGUCGUUGGCGAGCGGGGGGUGAACUUUACGAUGUUUUUGACCAUGAUGAAUGAAAGGCUGUUUGAGUUUGAUCCGGAGCAGGAGCUGGUUGAGGCAUUUGGGUGCUUUGACGAGAAUGACAGUGGCUUGGUCAAGGUUGAAGAGAUGAGGAAAUGGUUGAGUGAGUUGGGAGACAGGAUGGAUGACCGCGAGAUUGACCGGCUGCUUAAAGGACCAUUUACGGAUCGGCAGGGUAAUUUUAACUACGGUGAAUGGGUAAAAGUACUUGGAAUAAAUGGUGAGGAGGAGGAGGAGAAGAAAGAGGAGAAAUGA